AUCUUGAAACUCGUUAUAUCAUUUACUUCAAUUUAAUGCCAAAAAGAAAUUAGAAAAUAAAUCUUGAAAAUAAAGAAAAUGCAAUAAAACAUGAAAAUGGGAAGAAAUCAAUCGUCACUUCCCGUCAAUUCUCCCGGCGACCAAUGGCCGACCGGCCGUGAUUAUUAUAAAUUAUAAAUCUAUAAUAACUACUUCCAAGUGUUUUUACUUUUUUUCCCGUCAUCAAUUGACAGGUCCCCGCAUACUCCUGUAAUGUCAUCUGGACCGUUAAAUUGAAAUAGAAAAAGCUGCAGGCCCCGAUUGCGGGCCCCUGAUAUUUCUGGAAUCCUACGGCUAUAAAUAAGGAGUAUAAUAUCGUAAUCUCCUUUCAGCAUCAGCAGAUAUUAUUUGUUCCAUUUUCGACGUAGUUUCAUUAUUAGCUAAUAUCUGUCACUCUCAGAUGGAGCAAAACGGCGUCGCAAACUACCGUCACCGCCAAUCGCCGUCCUCCGAUCGGUUCCUCGGCGUUUUCUCUCCUACAAAGCAAGCCCCUGCUCUCGGAGAAUCCGGCGACGAUUUUAUCGCAGGCGAUGAGCUCAACGAAGACGACGUUUUUUGGAACGGCGACUUCAACGAGCCGCACGGUCGGUCCUCUUCCCCGGCUGCCGUAACCAACGUCCGGCAUCCCUUCCGGCAGCCGGACAAGUUUGGCAUACUUGCUGCCCUGUCGAGUGAUAAUCGGAACCCUAACCAGCCUCUACUUCAGAGAAAGUCCUCUCUGUCACCAUCUACGACGUCGUUCAUUCACAAAACUCCACCUUCCGCCUCACCCACACCCACUCAACCGAGCCCUUUCUCCCGGCCAAUUCCUUCAAUUCCUAAGCCGCACAACUUCAAUAGCUACUCUCAGUCGAUGCCAGGGAGGAAGUUUCAACAGUCGGCUCCGAUGAAUGUCCCAAUUAUGCCCAGAAAGCCUAGAAAUGGUUCACUGGCUGACGUGGACAUCGAUGAUGAUGACGCCGAGGAUGAGAUGCUUCCGCCGCAUGAGAUUGUGGCUAGAGGAUCGGCGGCUAGGUCUCCAAAGACGACUUUCUCGGUUCUUGAAGGGGCUGGGAGGACUCUCAAAGGCAGAGAUCUCCGUCAGGUUCGCAACGCCAUAUGGCGCCAGACAGGUUUUCUGGAUUGAUUUAUCUUCAUCAGCACCAAGUUUUCUACAAUUACAUACUUAUAUAGUACUACCCAUCAAGCCAAAGUCGGGACUGAGAAGUUUAAUUUUUAUAAUAGCUUUUCAGAGGCCUAAAGAUAGAAUUUUUAGUGGUUUCAUCUGUGAGUGCUUCGAAGGUUCUCCUUCGGAUUGGUCUGUUAAGUUUUCCUGCCGAGAAUCAGAGAAUUUGAUUUCGUUGGGGGUUGAAAUUAUACUCUCGAUUUUGGUACAUUCUGCUCCUGAGUGAAUUCCCAUUGAUGGGUUUGGUUUUGCCCUGCAAAUUGAUCCCAAUUACUAGAACAUCUAGCAUUUCCUGUCAAACAAAAUGUUGGUACUCAUAGACUCUGUUAUGAACUUAUGAUCGUUGACAUUAGUACUGUUUCACUUAGGCUUAUAGAUUGCUUGUUGCCCCCGAUUGCUUGUUGCCCCCCUUAUCGUAGAUGUGCAACCUUUUUUUUUUUUUGAAAAGGAUGGAUGUGCAACCUGUUAUUUGUACUUAUUUUGAACUAGGCCAGUUGCCAUUUAUCAAUCUUUCAAUGCAUAUCCUUCUAUGCCUAGAUUUUGUUUUGAUCCACUGUUUUAGUUGACUGGCUAAACAUAAUUCUGGUUGAAUUGCAUAUAACAGCAACAAUUUUGAAUUGCCUAUGACAGUAAACUAGACCCGUUAGCACAGGGUUUGUCACUUUUCAAACUACUAUAUAUUUGAAUGGUGAUUGGAAUAAGGUGACACUAGUAUUUUGUCAAACUGUUAUAUAUUUGAAUGGUGAUUGGAAUAAGGUGAUACUAGUAUGUUGAUGCCUCCCUUAAAUUAACUCGAGCAGAAACCAAAUGCAAUCCUAUCAUCUGCCUUAUAUAGAACUCUUUCUUUCUUUACUCUUGAUUAUUUAGAAGUAAGAGAUUUACCUGUUCAGAUGUUGACACAAAUUUCUGGGUGUUUGUCUCACAUUUGAUAUUCUUAUUUUUAUUAUACUUUCUGUCUGGUGGAUGUGUGAUUUUGCGACUUCUCUUUACUUUGGGGGGUGUUGUACUAUACAGGAACAUGUACAGGAACAUGGUGAUGGAGGUUUAACUUUGAUGUGUGCUUUUGGUUCCCGUUUGUGGUUAGUAGUGGUGGAAUUUGCUUACCAUACUGGGAUAUUCCUUGUUUGCUCCAAUGUGUUAUAAGAGGCCUUACUCUCAAAGAACUUUUAUCAUCCAUAUUGAACUUGGAAGAUAGACUUUGUUAGACAAUGGACCAGCAACCAAAAGCAUUGACGUCUCGUUCUAAAUACACUACAAUUUACAUUGUUUUGGGUUCUAUAUAUACUAAGUUUACAGUUCCUUGUUUUGGGUUUGCUUCGGUAUUGAGGAGUUCAGUUAACCUUAAUUGCUCAAAAUCAAAUCUUAUCUUGGUAUUGGCAAACUAUUUCAGUACAAUUAAUCUCGCCGUUAGAAUUUGAAUUAAUGUUUUUUCAUGUUCAGAAGAAAAUGAUGAUUAAGGUGUACUCAUGUUCCAGAAUCUUUUCUAGGAAUAGAUGAAAAUGGCAAGUCAGAAUAUCAAUAAGCGAAUUGGAAUAUGUUCAGGAGGGAGAACUCCCUUCAUUACCACAACCGUUUCAUCAUCCUUGCCAUUAAAGGUUACAAAAGCAACCAAAAAGGGGAAAAAAAAAUUUCUUUGAUGGUAGAAAUUUACCAAAGGCAAAAUACACAAAAAACGAAAUAAACCAAAAUCAGCUAAAAAGACUAUGAAAGGUUAAAGAAAUUGCCAUUGGCAUAUGCAAGUCAGGAUAUCAAUAAGCCUCGAAUGUUAAGCUCAGUGAGGAAUACCCCUCUCGUACAUCUAAUUGUAUCAUCAUCCUUGCAAAUACCAUAUCAAUACUAAUUUUAACCAAAUCGAACAGAAAGAAUGGAUUAAAUACAUAACAUAAAUUGUAAUCCCACUUAAAGGCGAGACAUUCGAUUGGGGAUUUGGGCCUGAAAAAUCGCAUCAGUAAACCAACUGAUGUAAUCAGCUGGUAACGAAAGAUGACGAUAAACAGGAACCCAAAUCAAAAGUGAUAUGCCUCUAGGAAAAAAACAAAGUGGGUUAAAACAGAUAUUCAUCAGUAGGAAACCCUAAAGAGAAACCCGUAUGAAUACGAAACGAACCCAUUCUCAUGGGUCGGUCUGCACAUAUGUUUGAUAUAGCGCAGCUAUGACUCGAAACGCUUCCACGGUUGAUGAUGGAAGGCGAUCUUAAGGGCCACGCAAAGCAUUAUCAAAAGACAUUGAAAACAAAACAAAGAUAAAGAUCGCUGACUUGGGGUUACUCGGUGGAAUCCAUAAACCCUAGCUUGCGGCGGAGCAGGGUAAAGAGGACGGGGAAACGCUUCUAUUUAUAAUGCUCGAAC